CUAUGGCAAUGCCGAUGUCCCAACUUUAUCGUGUCCAAGUUUGAAUUCAGCAAUGUGGUUAACCUUAGUUAAUUUAUAACUUUAUCGCCACAAAACCUUUGAAUCAGUUCCAACGGAAACUUUGCAUUCACGUUUUCACUACUAUGGCGCAAUAAUACUUACAUUCGUGUCCAAGCCUGGAAGUUGACCGUCUACCCCUGUGUAGCUGGCAAACUAGAAAUCCAAAUCGACUCACAUCGGGCGUCAGUUUCAAUUUCGAAAGACGACGUCACUUGCAAACCCACUCGAUCGUUGCUACUUACCUGGGCUUGACCUUUCCCCGCUUGCAGAAAUCGCAAUAUCGGUGCCAUAUGAUAAACGAAAACGGACGUGGUCAAAUCAGCCUGGCUGAUAUUUCCGAACCCCAGUGAUAAGCACCGAAACAUUUGCCAAUCGCCUGUUCUAUAUAUUUCGACAGUUAGUACCGUCCACGCUUCCAUACGAUCAUGACGGUGUAACAUCGGGCACAAAAUGCAAAUUUUCGGGUUACCUACCGAAACCGUCUGUCUGAGCUCGAACGCGGUGGUUGUCCGGUCAGUAUCGAUAAAUAGGGCCUGAGUGCGGUUCGACAGAACUUGUUACCUGGACAGUGGCUUCUUCGUAGGUCGCGUGGCUGCGUGGAGUGCGGUUUGAUGAACUCCGGACUGUGUGUGAUUUGAGUUGGAUUAGAGUUCGGUGCCACAGAAAAUGAUAGUUUAAGAAGAAUUGUACUAAGUGAAUAACUCGAGUAGUGCUUAUUUGAUAAGAAUUUUAUUGGUGGAUUUUGAUUGAGCAAAAAAGUGACAAAAAUGGCUUUAGUAUUAAGAUCGAUGUACAACUUCUUCACGUUCCUGUUCAAAGAAUACAACGAUCCACGAGUGGAACAUUUUCCGCUGCUGGGGUCGCCAUGGCCGGUGCUGGUGAUAAUCUUCCUGUAUCUAAAGUUCGUCAACAACUGGGGCCAGAAGAUGAUGGCAGAUCGACAGCCGUUCAGCUUGAAAACGGUGAUGAACGUGUACAAUGCGGUGCAGAUAGUGCUAAAUUUGUACAUCGGAAUCACCGGUUUUGCCAAUUCGUACUUCUCCGACGAUUACGACUGGGUCUGCGAACCGAUUAGCCAGAAAGUGACCCCAACCAGACAGAAGCUCAUAUUCGUCACGUACCUGUACUACCUGUCGAAGAUACUAGACCUGCUAGAUACAGUGUUCUUUGUGCUGCGAAAGAAGAAUAAUCAGAUUACGUUCUUGCAUACGUAUCACCAUGCCGGAAUGGUGUUUGCAACAUACGUCUUCACGAAAUUUGUGUCGGGGAGCCACGCGACGUUGCUCGGGUUGAUCAACAGCUUUGUGCAUGUCAUCAUGUACUUCUACUACUUCCUGACCUCGUUCCGGCCGGAACUGCGGAAUUCUCUCUGGUGGAAGAAGCACAUCACACAAAUUCAACUGAUCCAGUUCAUGGUCCUGAUGGCUCACUUCGGCCUACCGCUGAUAUUUGGCUACUGCAACUAUCCGGCGGUGUUCCUGUUCAUCGGUUUUACGCAGAACCUGUUCAUGUUCACGCUGUUUGCCGACUUUUACCUGAAAGCCUACGUGAAAACCCAGAAGGACAAAGUGAAAGACUCCUAACUCAUGGCCGCGACCAAACGGAGCCGAACCGUACAGAACCGGUGAAUUACAUUAGCCAACGUGGUCGUCGUCGUCGUCGUCACAUACGGCUGAAAUUACAUGUACACAUUUUGCGUGUAAGUGCACACACCCGUCAGUCAGUCAGUCCACCAGCCAGCCAGCCUGCUCAACCAGCCCAACCACCCAAAUCACCUUUGUUAGUUUGUCACCCAUAUAUUAUGCCAAUAAGAGACCUUUCCCUCGUCUACUGCCAACCCCCCCCAUCAACAUCGCUAGGCUAUAGGUUCGAAUAAGUUGUGUAUUAAAGCAGCUAAUUUAUAGUAGUUUCUAGCGCAGAAUAGAUUCCGUCACCAAGCAAGGCGGUAGGUUUUAAGUUCGAUAAACUAAAUAUACACAACACACUGAAUGUGACCUUUGAAUUGUACGCGUGAGACUAACUAAUGCAAAUAUGUCACAGCCAAACGGUUUUGUAAAACAAAACUACGAACGGGUCAUUGGACUUAGGCACGUGCUGUGAGGGUGCCGUACUCAGCAAUUAAGUGAACGAAAUAUCCUGAGCUAACGAGAUUUUUUAAGUAGGUUAUUUGUUGAUUCUGUUGCACGAGGGUAACCUGGGGUAAUACGCACCCCUGGGGGCAAAACGCCUUCACGUUAUUCCAUGAUAUAAUUGAAGUUUCCUUCAGCAAGCAAACUAGAAUAAAAAGCGUGGAAAACGAUGAUUUUCCACAUUUGGAAAGAUUGUCUAAUUUGAAGCGCGCGGAAUUUAAGCAAUGGUGCGCUGUUUAUAUGGAAUCAUCCUAUUAACUAUUGUCAAGAUUCCAGAGAAA